AUGAAUUUUGGUAAAUUAGUCGAUUUAAGCGAUGAAGACGAGUUUGUAGAGGAGCCACUUCACAAAAAUAAAAGCAAAACAAACAAGAAUAGAUUUUCUGAUGAUAGCGACAACGAGAGAGUUGGUACAGUAAACAAUAAAUCAUCAUCGUCAUCAAUUAAACCAGUUUCAAGUAACCCACUUUACGAAGAAGAUGAGUUUGAUAGAAUUCAUAGAUCCAAUCAAGAUGUUUUCACCAAGGGCAGCAGCGCAAGUGGCAGUGGUAGAAGAUCAACAUUUAUUACAGAAGAAGAGUUUAAUACAAGAUUAAAUAAUAAUUAUUACAGCUACAAUGCAUAUUCAUCAUCCGAAGAUGAAGAUGACGAUGAUAAACAUUUAACAACAGCAGCAUCAAAAAAUAAAAAAGAUUCAAAGAGUAAAGGUGCUAGUAGCAGUUCAUCACCAUCAAAGUCAAGUAAAUCUACAAAGUCAAAAGUAGCCCAAACCCCUGCCUAUGAUUCAUCUGAUGAAGAGUUGGACGAUGCCAGAACACAUCAUGCUAAAUCAAAAAAAGAUAAGACUGAUAUUAGAGUUUUAACAGAACAACAAAGUGCAUUAGAUAAAAAGAUCUCAUCAUACCUCUCGAUUAUCGACCGUAGUUGGACAUUAGACUGCGACGAAAACCAAACACUCAUCCAAGGUGAACUAUUAAAGAAGAGCAGAUUCACAUCGGGUUGGAAGAAAUAUUAUUUUGUUCUCACUGGUAAUCAAUUGCAUUAUUAUAAAAAUAAGGGAUCGAAAAAACCAAAAGGUGUUAUUACAAUUUCAUUUGUUACUCCACCAAUUAGCCUUUUAGAAAAGAAUAUUAUCGAUAUGAAAACUUCACAAGUUUCAAAUUAUCAAUUACAAAUCUUUUCAAAUAAACGUAUCGACUCUGUUUGCGCUGUAUCAAAUGAAGAGUUUGAAAGAUGGAACAACGUUCUCCAAAAUCUUAUUAAAACAAAUUUAGAACCAAACGACUAUGAUGAACGUCUCGAGAAUUACAAGAUCGUAUCACCAUUAUUCGAACAAAAAACUCAAGUAGAACUCGAUCGUCUUUUAGUUCUCUUACAAGAAAUUGAUACCUAUUCAAAACAUGUACUCAACAAAUCAAAAAAAGAAAAAUCAGGCAAUCUCUUAAUGAUGGAGGAUAAUGAUGAUCAAGUAGUCUGGAAAAGUUAUUAUUUCGUUUUAAUUGACAAAUGCUUGUACUAUUAUAAAAGUUCUAAAUUGCCACCACAAGGUGUUAUUACAUUAAAAUAUACUGAUAUUUCAAUUAUGGAAUUACCAGAUAAUAAACAUUGCUUUAAAUUACAAACACCAUUAAGUGUUUAUAUUUUAAAGGCAAAGCACCAUGUUGCAAUGAAAGAUUGGAUUUUAGCAUUAAAUAAUUCAAAAGAAGGUAAAAAAGUACUCGAUAUGCCAUCAAUGGAUAGACUAAAAUUAAAUCAACAACCAAGAAUCUCGGAAGAGGGCGUUCAACAACAUCCAAUUACAGGUUACGGUAAAAAAUUCACAGCUACCAUCAUUGUAACACCACCCAAUAUGGCACCAACCGAAAAACCAUCAACUUUUAAACUUAAUUUGGGCACUACAACUAUUGGUCGUUCCGAUUCGUGCACAGUCACUCUUGAUGAUAAACAGGUAUCUAGAAGUCAUUGUAAAAUUGAAGUUUCUGAUAACUCGGUUAUCAUUAUAGAUUUAGGUUCAGGUCAUGGCACAAGAGUAAAUCAUAAAAGAGUCAGCAAAGCUUAUUUAUUACCAGGUGAUAGACUUAGAAUUGGUAAAACUUUAAUAAAAUUUGAAGCUGUAAAAAAGAAAAAAAAUAAAUUAAUUUCAAAAUUAAAUAAAGAUUAA